AUGGAGUGGUCAACCACGAGCAACGUAGAAAACGUGAGAGUUGCUUUUAUGCCACCGCCAUGGCCGGAGUCUAGUUCCUUUAACUCGCUCCACAGCUUCAGCUUUGAUCCUUACGCAGGAAAUUUAUACACGCCGCCUGCCGAUACGCAAACCGGACCGGUUAUUUCUGUACCGGAACCUGAAAAGAUCAUGAAUGCGUACCGAUUUCCGAACAGCAACAACAACGAGAUGAUGAAGAAGAAGAGACUGACGAGUGGGCAAUUAGCUUCACUUGAACGGAGUUUUCAAGAAGAGAUCAAACUGGAUUCAGACAGGAAGGUGAAGCUGUCGAGAGAGCUCGGUCUGCAGCCACGUCAGAUAGCGGUUUGGUUCCAGAACCGCCGUGCACGGUGGAAGGCGAAGCAGCUCGAGCAGUUGUACGACUCACUUAGACAAGAGUACGACGCCGUUUCUAGGGAGAAGCAGAUGUUACACGAGGAGGUGAAAAAGCUGAGAGCUAUACUAAGAGAGCAAGGUUUGAGUAAGAAGCCACUCUCUGCCGGGACCAUCAAAGCUUGCAGUGAGGAAGACACCGAGGAGCUUCCAUCGGUUGUGGUAGCUCAUCCAAGAACAGAGAAUCUGAACACCGGUGUCAAUCAAGUCUACCGUAUUGAUCAAUACAACAAUCCGAUGAUGGUAGCUGCUUCCUCUGGCUGGUCGUCUUACCCGUGAUAGCUGUUGCUUAUCUCAAGGAGAGAAGGAAAGAGAAUAGAAGAGAGAGAGAGAGCUAGAAUGAGUCAAGAGAGAGCUUUAGACUAGGACUUUGAAUAGUGCUAAGACUAAGACAAGUGCUUGUCCCUCAUUGUACGAUCUUACAACAUCAAUGGAACUUGUCCUUCUGUUUCAAACGCAA